AUGGCGCUCGCGUGGCUUUCCCGCGCCGUCCAGGGCCGCCGCGACGCCCUCGGCUCGAUCGACGUCUUCGUCCUGACGUGGACGCUCCUCCACGUCUUCUUCACCCUGCGCGACGUCGCGCGCGCGUGCGUCGACGCCGCGCGUCGCCUCGAAAAGCGAACGCGCGCAUCGCUCCUCUCGACGCUCCGCGGCGCCGGCGCCGUCACCACCGCCGCCUCCGCGCGCAUCGGGCCGUUCUCCGGGUGCGUCCCGGGCGCGCCGCCGGAGGCGCUCGCGGUCGUCGUGAACGACGCGUCGGACGCGCGCGAUCCCGUCUCCGUCGCGCGCCUCGCGUCGCUCGUCGUGUGGGCCACCGCGCGCGGGGUAUCGCACGUGUCGUUGUACGACCAAGACGGCGCGCUGAAGCGACGCGUCGGGAGCCUGCGCGAGUGCAUCGUGCGCGCGACGGUGAGGGAGAGCGGUCAUGGCGCGGAGGAGGGGGGCAGGGGGGCCAGGGGGAGGGGGAGGGGGAGGGGGCCGGCGCCGCCCGCGUGCGUGUAUCGCGUGCGCGUGGCGGAGACGGACGGCGCGAUGGCGACGCGAGAGCGGUUCAGCUGCGGCGGGAAGGCGACGACGACGACGACGACGACGACGGUUGAGAAGACGAACCGACGCGGAGGAGGAGCUGGGGAUGGCGGAGGAGAACGCGGACCGUCGCGGGAAGACGAACCACCAUCGCGGCAGACGACGGUCGACGUCCUCGAAGCCGGCGACGGCGCCGCCGCGUGGCUCGACGCCGUCGAUCGCCGCCGCGACGCGAUCGCCGCCGCCGACGCUUCGGUUGGUUCCGACGCUUCGUCUUCUCGCCCGCCGCCGCACACGGUCGAGUCCCUGGAACGUCACGCGAGGGAUACGAACCGGCAUCUUCCAAACGUCGACCUGUUGAUCGUGUUCGGAGAGCACUUCCACCUCGCCGGGUAUCCGGCGUGGCAGACGUGGAAGACGGAGAUUUAUCGCGAGCGCUCGGCGCGGGGCUUCACGCGGGAGCGAUUCGAGUCGCUGUUGCGGCGGUACGCGAACACCGCGCGACGGUUCGGGCGGUGA